UUUAAAUAUAACAAUAUCUCUGUCCCAUUUAUUUUCUCCAUUAAUUUUAUCUUGUGUAUUUUGCGAUGGUAAAGCUGUAGUAUAAUCAACAAUCUUAUUCACAUUGGAGUCCCGAUAUGUGUGGAAUAUUUUGUUGUAUACAUCAAAUUAGAAACGACUCUGAAUCUUUCACGCAGUGGAAUAUUUGCAAAAAUGUAAUAGAGGCACGAGGUCCCGAUCAUUUAAUGGAGGAACAUAUAUCAUUGACUCCUCAUUGGCAUGGAUACUUUGCUGCCGCGGUAUUAUGGAUGCAAGGACCAGAGAUAAUAACGCAGCCAAGUUUGGAUAAUGAUAAUAAUUUGUUACUAUGGAAUGGAGAUGUCUUCUCAGGUUCUUUGGCAAAAGAUGACGUUUGCGAUACAAAUGUGAUAUUGGAUGAAUUGCAAUCGACUACAGAUAUCGUAUCUGUACUUUGGAAGAUUGAAGGUCCUUACAGCUUAAUAUAUUAUCAGAAAUCAACCAAUACAUUAUAUUUUGGACGAGAUAUUAUCGGACGGCACAGUUUGCUUUUAAAAAUAGAUAGCAAAGCUAAUUCAUUGACUUUAACUUCAGUUGCAAACAGAAAUAUGAAAGGAAUUGUAGAAGUGCCAGCUAUAGGUAUCUUUGCGAUGAAUUUAAAUAGCUCGCGGAUAAAUUUAGCAUGUUAUCCCUGGAAAGAACCUGACUUGAGAUUUACCGAUGUUAUCGAGACAUUGGAGACGACUUUAAAUGUAGACAUUAAUAUUAGGAAAACUAUAUUAGAUACUAAUUUAUCGUUGACGAAUUUACAUCUACAUCCUGAUCCAAAAGAUUUGGAAUAUCUAGAGAAUAUACCAGAUAGCAUAGAUUUUAACGAAACAUUGCGGUAUUUAUUAGAAAAUCGGGAAGUAAAUGAAAGAGUCGAGUGCUUAGCACAACUCUUACAUCGAUCUGUGAAAAUUAGAGUAAAAAAGAAACCAAACUAUUGCAAGGAUUGCAUAAAAAUUGUAUUAAAUGGUGAAAGUAUUACUUGCACUCAUUCCAAGAUUGGUAUACUAUUUUCCGGUGGCUUAGACUCGGCCAUUUUAGCAGCGAUUGCAGACAAAUAUGUUCCAGAAAACGAAAGUAUCGAUCUCAUUAACGUUGCGUUUGAAAGAUCCGUAAAUAAUCAAAAAAUAAGUCAUACGAAUGGCGAAAAGGAGAAUACGAUGCAGAAAUAUGAUGUGCCAGAUAGAAAAACUGGCCGACAAACGUAUUCUGAAUUGUUACGAAUUUGUCCCAAUAGGAAAUGGAAUUUCAUACAAUGUAAUAUCACACAAAUGGAACUGCAAUUGUAUCGUGCUUCGCGAAUUUCCGAUUUAUUGUAUCCUUUAUGUACAAUAUUGGAUGAAAGUUUAGGAUGCGCCAUGUGGUUUGCAAGUCGUGCAAAGGGUAUCCUUUAUCCAGUUGAUGAAACGUACGAGUCACCAUGCAGAAUAUUACUCUUGGGUAUAGGCGCAGAUGAAUUAUUUGGUGGUUACAUGAGACACAGAACUAUAUUGAGACAUAAAGGAUGGGAUGCAUUAGUGCAAGAGCUAAAUAUCGAAUUGGCUAGAAUUUCCGAGAGAAAUUUAGGUCGAGACAAUCGAAUUAUUUCUGAUCAUGGUAAACAACCCCGUUUACCCUAUCUAGAUGAGAAUGUGGUGAAAUAUGUGCAGGAUAUAAAACCAUGGGAAAGAUGCUACCCGACUGAGAAAAUGCCAGCUGGAUUGGGAGACAAGUUACUACUACGCUUGCUAGCCUGCAAGAUCGGUUUUCAGAGUACAGCUAAUUUUCCUAAAAGAGCUUUUCAAUUUGGCUCCCGAAUCGCAAAUGGAAAAGAAAAUGCUAAUAAUGUAUCGGACAGAUUGUAAAAAAAUGUAAGUGGCACUAUUUUUUAAAUGUCAGUCUAUUAUAUAUAUAAUUUGUAAAGCUAAUGAAGGAGAUCCGGAAAUGACUAACGUUAUCGAGUUGAGCUACAUUAUUGCUAAUAAAUGUGUGCAAAUAUACUUUGAUUUCUUUGGCUUCCAUCCUUGCCAGUAAAUUUGCGCCAAUACCAUGCCACGCAAUACGACGCGACUAACAAAGUCAAGUUAAUGAGUGAUUAAUAAUAAUGAAUCGAUCAAAAUUAUAUAUUUCGUAUUUGGUAUUUCACCAACGCAUUACGUACAGAUAUAAAUUAAAAUGUAUGUAUUGUUAAUAAACAAUGUAUUUACAUACAUUAUAUAUAUAGGCUCGAUGUAUCGUGGUUUUCCGACGUACACUACUCCACGCUUUCUGUGCCAAAAUGGCAAGCGAAUGUAUCUAAAUUGACAUGAAAGUUUAAUUAUGUAACGAAAUACAUUUAUAUUUUAAAG